UUACGCUUAAUACAAUGUUUAUUGAAAAAUCUCAGAUCAAAAGCAAGCAGAGGACGGACGAAUAAUUUGAACGAAAAUGUUUCUUGUGUAGAAUAAGCUGCAUUCUGCUUUAAAACAUUAGCAAACUGAAUAAAACAUAACGCAGAAUGGCUGAUAGCGGCUGUCGCGUUUCCAAAACGGAAUUAAGUGCACUGCUGAAAGAACAACGUCAAUUGAAGGCGACCGAAACGAGGCUCAAAUCAAUGAUUGAUAAAAUUAACAGCCAUCUGAAUCAACUUUUGGUGGAAGAGCUGCAACUCAAAUCGAGAGAACUGGACCAUCAAUAUCCAACAAGCAGUGGGGCGGUUGACAAAACAGGAAUCAAAACGGAAUCUAUUCCUUCCGAUCAAAUUAACCAACAGGAACUGAACCUGAAUAUUCAACACACUAAACUAAUGAAGUCUCUGGAGGAAAGUGAAGAGGAUGAGUGAUUUUCUCCGAUAAUGCAUUUCAACGACUGAUAACGAUUAAGUUUUCAUUGAAUCUAUACAAAUAUAUAAACCUAAGCUUUUA